AUGGUACAAACAGUUACCAACGGAAUCGGUAUGCAACUGCAAAUUGCUAAGAAUGAUCAACUUUACUAUUUUGAAUAUGAUGAUGAGGCACCUGUGCAUAAUAUCAGAAGGUUCAAUUUCACCCCUGCAUUUGCAUAUAUUGGUGGUUAUGGCGUUCUUGGUUCAUUUAACGGUUUGGUCUGUCUGCAUGAUUGCGGAUAUCCUACUGGUUAUCGUAUUUGUAACCCCUUGACCAGAGAAUAUGUUAAGCUGCCAGAAUUCAAAAGAGAUUCGAGGUGUAUUCCUUGGACCAGAGGGUUUGGUUACCUUCCUCUAAGUAAUGAGUAUAAAGUUGUUCAUAUUGAUAUGUUAAGAACAGACCUCAAUGUUGUUGAGGUUUUGGUGUAUACUAUUGGCAGUGGUAAUGGGUGGAGAAAUGUUGGGAGGUUUGAUAUUCAGUCUGGCGAAGCAUGUGUCGAAGAUGGUGUCUUUGUGAAUGGAGGGCUGCAUUUGGUGGAAACAAAUGAAGGAAGGGUUUUCGUUUUUGAUUUGAUUGAGGAAAAGUUUUGUGAACCUGUUUCACCACCUCCUUUGCCACCAGGUUCUGAGUGCUGUGGAUGUAGUCCUAUAGGUGUUUUGGAUGGGGUUUUACAUUAUGGUAUCAGAUAUUCCUGUCAAAUAACCAAUUGCUUAUGUUAUGACAUAUGGCCACUGAAAGGGAAGAAUGAUAUUAGAGACACGAAAGAGAAGGUGGAGCAGAAGCCACUUGGUUGGAGUAAAGAGUUUGGUUUUCCCAGAAGACAACCAUUUGCAUUUACCAAGAGUGGUGGUGUUUUAUAUUUCGAUUAUAGUUCUCUUCGCAUUUACGAUGCAAUAGCUUCAACUUCAAAAGAGCUUGUGCGUUUUAGCGAAGUUGGUGAAAUAUAUCCUCACAAGAACACCUUCGUUUCGUUGAAAGAAUUAGGAGAACAUGAUGUAAAAAUAAUGGAUUCAGCCAAAUCAAUUGAAGACAGAAAGCCGUUUUUUUCAGCAAGAUAA